ACACCCGUGUCCCCUUAGACCAUCGACCAGUUCGAGUAUGAUGGCUGUGACAACUGUGAGACAUACCUGCAGAUGAAAGGCAACCGGGAGAUGGUCUAUGACUGCACCAGCUCCUCCUUCGAUGGGAUCAUAACCAUGAUGAGCCCUGAGGACAGCUGGGUCUCCAAGUGGCAGCGGAUCAGUACCUUCAAGCCAGGUGUCUACGCAGUGUCCGUGACUGGCCGCCUGCCCCAAGGGAUCGUCCGAGAGCUGAAGAGCCGUGGUGUGGCCUACAAGUCUCGGGACACGGCCAUAAAAACCUGAAGGGCCUGCCUGGAGAUCCCAGUGCUGUGUGGAAGAGGCAGUGGGCACUGCUCCAGAACAUCUGAGCUUUAUCCUGUAGGGAAGUGGGGCAGGACUUGGAGUGUGCUGGCUCAGCUCCCCUCACUCAGUACCUCCGGACUCUGCCACACCACAGACCACAGACAUUUAUCUGAGCCUUGACAGGGGGGAGGGUGUGACUGGAGCUAGCAAAGGGCAUUUAAUCAUGGUCCCCAGGCUUUUUUGCAGUUGGUGUGGGAAAGGGGGGAUUUGGGAAAUAGCUGUGCAAAUAGUUCAAUAAAACUCACUGCCUGGUCAAGGCUGG